AUGGCAACGCCCAGCAACCCGCAGUUCCCUCUCGGUGUCUGUACUUGUAUCGAGGGCGGGGCACUCCAGGUAAUUCGUGCGGAGAAAUGGUGGGAGGUAUGCCUGCCUCGCCAGGAAAAGUCGGGCAAGUCGCAGGGACGUCUUGAGCCAAGCACUGCCCUGCCAGGGCGGGACCUGGAUGGCGAGAAACCAGACGCUUACUUGGACGACACACCUACACGUGUAGAAGAAAUGUCCGAGCCCCUUCCGAUCCGCCAUUGCCGCUCCAAAAUACCCUUUUCUUCCUCCUUCUAG